UGACGUCAUAGUGAGGCCGGCAUUUUGGAAGUGAAUGCGAUUGCCGGUAUUAUUCUCUCAAACUCGAACGCGAACUACCGUCAAAUACAGUGAAAAUGUCGCAUUUGUCAAUAAAUGAUCCGGCAAUGGCCAGUAGGCUGAAGAGUUUCAAGAAUAAAGGAAGAGAUCAAGAGGAGAUGAGAAGACGGCGGACAGAGACCACGGUGGAACUUAGAAAGAACAAGAGGGAAGAAACUGUUCUAAAGAGGAGAAAUGUACCCAACCUUGAAAGUACCGACUCGGAAGAAGAGUCGCCUCUUAUGAACAAAUCUAUAUCAGAAAUUGUCGUGAAUGCUGCCAACGCUCAAGAACCCAACAUACAACUCGAUGCAGUCCAGGCAGCCAGGAAACUCUUGUCCAGCGAUCGCAAUCCUCCCAUAGAUGGUUUAAUAGAAUCUGGCAUCCUCCCUGUUCUAGUAGAAUGUUUAGCAAGAGAUGACAAUCAUUUAUUACAAUUUGAAGCUGCAUGGGCCCUCACAAAUAUCGCGUCUGGAACGUCUAAACAAACGAUAGAAGUAGUAGAAGCAGGAGCGGUACCUUAUUUCCUAAAGCUCCUUAGGUCUCAACAACACAAUGUAGCUGAGCAGGCAGUAUGGGCCUUAGGAAAUAUUAUAGGUGAUGGACCAAGGUGUCGAGACUAUUGCAUAAAGGAAGGAGUUGUGGGACCCCUUCUUAAAUUCAUCAAUCCCAAUAUUCCGUUGUCCUUCCUGAGGAACGUCACGUGGGUAAUAGUCAACCUUUGCAGGAACAAGGACCCACCCCCGCAUUCGGACACAAUCAAACAGAUUCUACCAGCGCUCCUCGUAUUAAUACACCAUUCAGACACCAAUAUACUAGUAGAUACAGUGUGGGCCCUAUCGUACCUGACAGAUGGCGGUAACUCACAAAUUCAGUUGGUCAUAGAGUCAGGAAUUGUCAACACACUAGUUCCAUUAUUAAGCAGUAAAGAAGUUAAAGUUCAGACGGCAGCAUUAAGGGCAGUAGGCAACAUAGUAACCGGUACAGACGAGCAAACACAAGUGGUCUUGGAUCACCAUGCUUUAGAACACUUCCCAGCUCUCCUAGAUCAUAGUAAGGACAAGAUCAAUAAGGAGGCAGUAUGGUUCCUAUCAAACAUUACAGCAGGUUCCCAAACCCAAGUCCAAGAGGUUAUUGAUGCUGGUCUAAUACCCCAGAUUAUCAGACAUCUUGACACGAGUGACUUUCAGACGCAGAAGGAAGCGGCCUGGGCAGUGAGCAACUUGACCAUCAGUGGUAACAAGAAGCAGGUCGGUGUGUUGGUAGACGAGGGCGUGGUCCCACCCCUAUGUAAGCUUCUGAAGGCCAAAGAUCCCCAGGUGGUCCAGGUGUGCAUCGAUGGAAUCAACAACAUCCUCAAGCUGGCAGGAGAGAACUACCAUGACAUCGCGGUCAGCAUCGAGCUCUGCGGAGGUUUGGAUAACAUUGAGUUCCUCCAGAACAGUGAAAUUGAAGAAAUCUAUAAGCUAGCCUUUGAGAUCAUUGACCAAUACUUUUCAGAGAUUGAUGAUGAAGAAGAUGCUGCUCUGGCCCCUCAAGCCAACGAAGAGGAAUUCCAGUACAAUACCAACACCAACAUUCAAACCGAUGGCUUCCAGUUCUAAGAUCACCCGACCCUGCCCCCCCAACCACCCAUCCAUCCACCAAAGUCUACUUGACCCUCACAUUCACCGAUCUGAUAAAGUCAUCGCAAAGUCAUUCCCCUUCAACCCGGAGAUGCGGUAUUCGGAUUCACGUAACGCAAAACUGAUAAGUGGUGAAGAAGGAUAAGCGGAAUGUGGUAGUAUGGAUGUGCUAACCAUGAAGAAGUCGGAUAGACGAAUGCCCGUACGGAUGUUGAUCACCCCUGCCAUAGGAAUGUUACAUGACCUAGCAGCCUGGGAAGUUCUUUGUUCAUACCUAAGUUACUUCAGCAUUGGGGGAAAGAUUGAUGAGGUGUAUCAAUCCCAAGGCUGUUAAGUUUUUCAUUCCUGGAUGCAUGCAAACUGUAAUUCCCAUUGCUCAUCAAAAACAAUCAAGAAAUUGUAAUGCUUUACUGACCCACACACUGGCUUAGCGGAUAUGGAAUAUGCCAUCGCUACAUUGACAAAUUUCAAGUGCACAAUGAAGAUUGUUGUUGUUUUGGUUGGUUCCCAUCGCUUGGAGACUAGUUUGUUUUGGAAUAGUGUAUUGUGUGCCUUUGUGAAGUGAACAUUCUAAGAAGGCUUUUCUUUUGUGUGUGCGUGUGUCUGGUUUGUCAUGACAUGUGUCUUGCACAGUUGACAGUGCCAUAUAAAUAACUACCGGUACCACAGUGCAUGUUUGUGUAAUAGAACUAUAAUUCAUAUUAUUAGACAUGAUUUUUGGAUGGACAGUUCAAUACUUAUGUACUCUCUUGCUGCCAUGUUGUGGCCUGUGUAAUCAGGUUCUUGUUUUAAGUAGGUCCCUAAUCUUCUCUCCUAGGUUUCAAAGAGACCUUUCAUAAAUAAAUGUAGGGAAAGAAAGACAAAUAAUUGUGUAUUCCACAAAGGCGGCCAUGCCCAUGCCCUGGUUCUGUAUAUACUUGAUAAUAUUGCAAGCAUACAUGUUUUUAUGAAUUGUUAUUUGAGGGGGCAAAAUGCAUUUGACAAUUUCAAAGGAAUUUAAAGAAAACCAAGUACCUCCUUUAAUAUCCAGUACGAAAUGUUUAAUUGAAACGGAAAAAAAAUGUGCCAACUGAAAUAAUUAUACAGACAAAUUGAAAGUAAAAUGUAUUUCUCUAUGUCACGUUGAUUUACAUAAUUUUGUGUUCUUUUACCUUUUCCACGUGCUUUGUCCAUUUUUUAACAGCAAAUCUUUAACAUUUAUCCUAUUUAUUACAAUUUUGUGAGUUUGUAUUUUUUUUCCUUUGGUACCGAUCUCUAUUUGAUUGUUGUAUUUUACUAAACUUUACGAAACCUCCACCAGUUGGCGAGGAUGUUUUUUUUUUCUAUGAUGCAAAUUUGAUAAAAGAAUCUUUCAAGGAAAUGCAAUAGAAGCCAUAUAUGAGGCUCAUGUGUGAUUAUGUAAACAUUUUUUGACAUGUAAGAAGAAAUAAAUAUGAUAUUUAGACAUGCUAUGAUUCAAAGAAAAGCAUUUUUGUUAUUUGAAAGUAUUGUACUAAGUUUUUUUUGGACAGAUUAAUUGUAUUUCAAGAUGUGACAAUUGUCAGCGACUGCUCAUUUUAUUUUUACUUUCUGCUGGACAGAUUAACUGAUCAAAAAAAAAGUUGAGAAUUUGUUGUUUUAAGUUCUAAUUUCUGAUAGCCCUUGCCAACUUACAUAGAUUCAAAUUAUUGGCACAUUUCUGGGUGAAAACAAUUUUUGUUACAUGUUGCAUUUUGUAAUUUAAGAAUUUAUUGCUUUAUUACUUUUCUCGGUCAACAUUUUUUUUUGUAUGCUGAAUUGAUGAUGAGAUACACAGGAUUUUUGUAACUUGAUAUAUAUAAAUCUGUACAUAUGUACAAAAGGCAGAUAGUGUUAUGGACGGAAUGGAGCACAUACAAUUAUUAGUUUAUCGAGUCUAGACGGAUAUGUAGAAAUGCUUAUCACAUUACCUAAACAUGUAUUUUUUUUUACCAACUUUCUCAAAAUGUAUAUGGAAAUAUUGGUUGGGGGAUGUUGUUUUUAUGAAUAAAAUGAGGAGUUUGCACCAAGGUUUUUUUUUACGUGUAAUAGAUAUCAAAAUAGAAGGCAUAUUGUUCAAGGUUGGAUGUGGGUAGUCCAUAUCUAUUAGUUUUUUAGAAAAAAGUGUCUCUGCUUCAUUAUCUUUGGUGAAGUUCUUAUGUUGAAUUAGACAGAUACGUUUCAGCAGAUUUUGAUGUUAUUCUGAAUACUGACAUAAUAUUGUGAUGACAGAUAAUGAUAAGCAUACAAAUAUUAUUCAAGAAAUAAAGUUGGUGUCAUGGUGUGUAAUAGAAUAGCAUCAUUUACAUUGAGAAAUUGUUGAUAGAUUCCUCCAUCUUUAAAUAUGUAUCAAAUUAUUGUGUUUUGCUCUUCUUCGAGAAGUCUGUAGGAUUAGCAACUUGUAGAACGACAAUAGAAUAGUUUAGAGAUAUAUUUAUGCAGGAAGGUCUGUUCAUACGUACCAUAGGCGGAGGUCUGUGUACAUUUUCUGGAAUGGAUGCAAAACAAACUUUACAAUGUGACUUCCCAAACCAUAUAAACUUAAAGGUUCUUGACUCAAAGCAUAUACAUGUAUAACCAUGCCUGUUCGGGAUCCAUUAGGGUCAAGAUUUGCCAUUUGGUACUUUUCUGGGUAUUUUUUAUUAUUAUUUUGACUUUAGUGGAGUGUUUCCUUGCCAAGGGCAAGCAUGGUCUUUUAUAGAUUUUUUUCAGUGCGAGUAUUGAUGACAAAUUACGAAUGUCCCACAGAAUUGCAUCGUGGUUGUAUUAUAUGUAUAAUUGGUUGCCUCAGCGUAAUUGUAUUAUUCAUUUGCAGCUAAAUUUUACAUGACAUUGGUCCAAAGAUAUGAAUUACACUUCAUAUUAGCUAAUAAACUACGUAUUUCAGGUCUUCGUUCUGUUUCUUCUGGUCAAUACUCCACCACAAAAUUUACCUUGUUUUACAAGGCACUCGACGCGCAUCAAAUAAUGUGCAGGAGCAAGUUAUGUAUCGCAAGGAAACUCCCAUUCUAACGUAGAACAAAGUACCUUUUUUAAAGUAAAAACUUGCAGCAAAAUGUUAUUCUUGUAUGAAAAUGUGUGAUAUAAAGUUGUAUUUCCUUUUUUUUUCUUUUUAAGUAUAUUUGUUAUUGAUGUAUUAUAUUUUCAUGAUAAUGUACAGCAUGUAGAUGAUACAAGACAUGCAGCUUUUAUUAUCCAUUUUACACAGUGAGAACAGCUGAAGGUUUCAUUUUGUAGUUUUUGAAAUUUUCUCAACCACGUUGUUAGCAUGAAUUUGUAAGCGAAAUCACUUUAUUUAAUCCUCACAAGUUGUUCCAUUUCAUGAUUUUUGCAGAUGUACGCUUAACGCAAGUGAGUGCAUGUCAAUUUUUACUCGAAUAUAGAGUCAAAGGAAUACUGUAACACGAUUCGGUGUAUGAAGUUACGAGCAUUUUCACAUUUUUGCUGUACAAAAUAUUGCUCCACAAUUUUGUCAACUGCAUAUCUUGGAUUGCCAUAUUAGCUUUUCUGGUUUGCUUUGUAAAUUUCUUCUUUAGGAUUGUUUUGCUGUCAAAUUGUAUAUAUUUGCAAAUUUUCCAGUAGAAAGUAAUGUGAAUGUUCAGUUUGAUGUGGAAAUGUACAUUGGAAGGUUAGAAUUACUUCCUGAUUGGCAAAGAUCUCGCCUAUUUCUACAUGAAAUAGUUCUUCAUGUACUAAAUCAGUGGAACUCUUCUCGUUCAUUUUAUCAAGAAAACCGUUGACCCUUGAUUGUAGCUUCACAUUUCAGACAUUUUUGUUUUGUUUUUCUUUUGAAGAAUAGUGUGUUUAGAGAUUUGGUUCUUUUGUUGUAGUUGAUAUAUCAGAAGUGAAAUACAUCUUUUUUUAGACCAAAGAAAUUAAGAAAUGUAAAAUAAGUGACAGAAAUAAAAAUGGUCUUGUGUGAUUAAUUGUAUCAGUGGAUUUGAAAGAGAAAAAUACUUGCGUAACCCACAAAUGAAAUAGUUAAUGUUUAGUUAUUUACAUGUAUGUCACUACUACUCAUUUUUUAAAAGAAAUUGUUUCAUUAGUUUAAGAAAAUAUAAUAGAAAAUGAUAUGAAUUGCUUUGUUCAUUGUUUAUAUUUCCUAUUCAUUAUCAAAAGUUGUCAUUUCAUUAUGUAUGGUUUUGGUCCCACAUUAUAACGGCUGUAAAAUUAAGAUGAUACAUUAAAUUGAAAUUGCAAAUGUUAUAUAUAUUGCAUUUUUUUUACAAAUACUUUUUGAUAGAAUCUAUUUAGCUAUUGACAUUAUUUAUUUUUAUUAAGCUCUUUAAAAAGUGUUGUAUUGAGACAUUGCUUGUGUUUUAUGAAUGUUGGGAUACAAAGCUAUGACAAAAUGAAAUGAUUUCUUUCUUUGGUAUGUUAUCAUAACUAGACUUGUUAGAUUUGCAUUACUAUGUAUAUGCUUUUAUGCUUAUUGGAUUGUCGGAAUUGUUAUAAAAUAGUUAAUUCUGCAUUUCCUUUUUUUAUAUUAUUAUUAAUGUUUAAUACACUUUCUAAGACAUUUGGUGUAUGAAUGCAAGCUUUUUAAAACUGUUGAAGUUGUCAUCCUUAUACAUAAUUAUCGAAUGAUGAUGCUCCUAUUUGCAUACAAAAGAAAUAUUCAGAUUGAACGGUGUGCUGUCUUUUGCCUAGGUAAAUGCUUUUAUCUAUAUUUAAGAAUGAAAGAAAACAAAUUGUCUUAGACUUACAGAAAAUAAUAUUGGAUGCCUUUCAACGUCUAGGCAAGCGAUGAAUUCAAGAAAAUGGAUACCAAGACUGCAUUGUAAAUAAUAUACUCGCGGUCAGAAUCUUGUUCCAUCUCAGGAACGCAUUCAGUGCUUUGGUGCAGUUUAUUAAGACGGAAAAAAAAUUAAUGUAAUACUUUGAAUGUUCUUCCAAACAAAAUGUACUGUUAACAAACAAAAGAUUGAUAAAGAAAAAAAAUCAAGGUAUCGGCCUUGCUAUGAUGUAUUGCAAUAUAGUAGACAAUUCAUGGUACUUAUUCAUGUUUUAUUAUUAAGUGAUAUCAGAUGAAAACAUAUAUAUUGUGUGUACUUUCUCUCAUCUUUUAGUCACUCUUCGGUACUCUUGUUAGUCAAACUUUGUUUAGUCUGUACAAUAUCUGUUAUUACUGUUAGCUGCUUGUACACUUAUCUCUCGUAAGAGGAGAAACAAAGAAAAAAAAAGCUUAACAAUGACUUUUUAUGAGAAAAAAAUGUGUGAAAAAUACAAAUACAAAAAUAAUAUGUAAAAAAACAUUGAGACUGCUUAUGUCACAUGCUUCAAUGAUUUUUUUUUGUAUUUACUUAUGUAAGAAAACAAAUCCCAUGAGAAGACAAUUUUUGUGUGGUAAAAAAACUUUCCAAUUUGAGGAUAUUUAAGACAUCUAAAUGAAAUGCAUAUUAUUAUUGUUAUUACUAUGAAAAAUGUGUAUCUGAAGUGUAAGAUUAUUCCAUUGUAUUUGGCCAUGAGAAUGGAGUAAUCUUGCAACGAAAACAAGAAAUAAAAUAUUGAGCCUUUCUGGAAA